AUGCUAGAAUGCAAGCAUGUGCUCAGAGUUGAUCAGGAAGAGCUUGAAACUGUAAUACCACAGGCUGGGGGACGUGUAAAAAUAGUAAAUGGGGCUUAUCGCGGAUCCCUUGCUAGGCUGCUUGGGGUGGAUACAGAUCGAUUUUGCGCUAAGGUGCAGAUAGAGAAAGGUUCCUAUGAUGGUAGGGUGCUUAAAGCCGUGGAGUAUGAGGACAUAUGUAAAGUAGCCUAG